AUCAGAAUAGCCAGGUUGGGGAGACGUCAUCAGAGAGUAUUGGGGAAGUAGCCCGUGGUUCUCCAUCCCGGUGGCAGUCUACCAGGAGGAAGGACAACAAAGUUUUUAAAUAACAGAAAAAAUGGCGACAAAUGUGGACCUGGACCAGACCCCAGAUGCCACUGCAGAGAAAUGCAGCAGUUUUGAACUGCUGGACUGGCUCAAUAAGACCCUGGACAUCAAAUUCACCCGGGUGGAGCACAUAAGCUCAGGUUCCUGCUACUGCCAGCUGAUGGACUGGAUCUUCCCUGGGUGCAUCGACCUCAGCACAGUGAAGUUUCAGGCCCAGGAUACGUCAGACUUCCUCCACAACUACAAUAUGCUCCAAGCUGGCUUCAACAAGACUGGUGUCACCAAGACUGUUCCAGUGGAGGAGCUGAUAAACGGAAAGUUCCAGCCCAACUUCAUAUUCCUGAAGUGGUUCAAGAGGUUUUUCCAGGCUAACCUGGCAGGGCAGGUGUAUAACCCUGUAGAGGCUCGCCAAGGCCAGGACAUCCAGCCUGCCAUAUUCUGCUUACAUUCUCCUCAGAGACUUCACCUCAAGGGCCACAAUUCUGCCAGCCACAGUCCCAGUCAAUCAGGGGUGUUGGAAACCGACACAGAGGAAGAAGCUUUAGGGAAGUAUCAAAGGAAAAGUAUUAUUUAUGAGGAUAUAUGGAGGGAGACUUACUCCUGGGUGGGGGCCAGCACUCUGGGAGAGAUCUAUGCCUACUGCAGUCUGUGCGAUCUUAACCUCAACAUCUAUCACUCAGGUCUGUUUGACCUGAAGCGUCAUUCACAGUCCAAGAAGCACUGCAAGCUUUCCCUGGCUGCCAGUGAUGGCACCCUAACGCCAGAGCCAGGGAAAAGCAGUCAGGGCAGCUGCAGUGACCUUCAACCCUGUAGUGAGUUGGUCUUUCGCUUCAUUCAAGCCAACUGUGUCUCUGGUCCCUCCGCGGCUGAGGACCAAGUGUCUAACAGAUACGGCCAGUAUGUCCUGGGACUACAGUACCCAGAGGACAUAGUGUCUGCCUGCCAAAAGACUCCUUACUGCAUAUACAUGUACGGAGGAGUGGCGCUAGGGCAGACUGACAUGGCUUCUGUAGUUCUAGUGGGGUAUUUUGAUGUAAAGGAAGCCAGGCACUGCAUCAGGCUGUUGGAUGUUCUGCAGCCUCCAGAUGAUGACAAUGCUGGAGAGAAAACAGCUGCAGCUCUGGUGGAGACCUUGGAGAGGUUUGGGCUUCCUGCAGCUAACCUCGCUGCUCUCUACUCAGAUGGUAAUGGUUCUGCCUCAGAGCCAAUAUGCUCACAACUCAGGGAACUCAACACCAACAUGUUGGUGCUAAGUGGGCUGUAUGGAGUGGCUGAUGCAGCCUGCCAUGCUGGGGUGUCGGAGCUCUCCACUCAGGCCCAGGAGCUUAUUGUGGAUAUCUACUCCUACUACUCCUCCUGCUCCACCAAGGAUGACAACCUGAAGGAACUGUUUUCCAGCAUUAGCGGUACUGAUGGCCUCACCCUUCCCCUCACCACCUGCUGCCUUAACUUCUGCAUGUUAGUCAGGAAGUUUUUGGGAAUGUGGACCGAUCUCAUCUCCCACUUCAGCUCCUGUAAUGAAGAGGAUAACAUAGAUAAUAAGGCUAAGCUGAUCUGCACACAGCUGCAGGACCCCAAACUCAGGGCUAUCUUCAUGUUUCUGGACCAGGCCCUAGAGCCCCUCCGUGUCUUCCAGGAGCGACUGCAUCACCAUGAGGGCUCAGCCCGGGCUGACUUGGUGCAGAUCCUACAGGAUGCCAGCGGCCUCCUGCGCUCCUAUGCCUCCAGUUUCCUCCGUCCUCAAGCCGUCGUGCUCUUCCUCAAGGAACGUGACGCCUUUCUCCUCAAGACCACAAAGUUCCACCUGCCAGGGGCAGAGCUGAAUGUGGGUGGGGCUGUAGUGGAGGACUUCCUGUGUGAGUCAUCAGAGACAGGAAGUGAAGCACUGCAGUUAUUACAGGAACAGGCUCUGUCCUUCUACACAGCGCUCACAGCCCGCGUGGCGGAGGUGCUGCCUCUUAGUGACGGUGUGUUGAGGAGCAUGGCCCAGCUACUGAGCCCUCAGGGCAGGCUGAAAGUGACAGGGAAGGCUGUGGGAGAGCUGGGGGCCAAACUGGGGCUCUGCAGCUCACCCGAGGAAAUCAGCCAGCUGAACAAGGAGUUCCUGGAAUACCAGCUGGCAGAGGAGGGAGAGGGGGACGAGGGAGAAAACAGAUGUGAUGGAGGGGUCCAGAAUGACUCUGCAGCACCUUCGCUGGAGCAACAUUGGAGCACUGUGCUGAAGGCUUCUGGGUCGACCACCAUCUUCAGGAAACUUGUUUUGACCCUCUUAGCCAUGCCCUGCCCCCCACUUGAAGCUCAGAAAGUCUUCACACAGGCUGUGGAGAAUGGGGAUGCUGACCAGUUCGCUGACAGUGUGACAGAGAGUGAGCUGGACUCCAUUCAGAAAGUAGACCUUACCAAUGAUAGCACUCUCUCAGACAACAACAGUGUCAACGGGCUUGGCAGGAAGAAGGAAAGUCGAGGUCGUUCCAGAAAGAUUCCAUCAGGGGUGAAUUACCUUAAUGGGACAGUGAAGCCAUGCACAGUGCGGCUGCAGAAGAUAAUCAAUGGACCAAAGAAUGAGGAACAUACUGUGUUCGUUGAGGAUGAUGUCAUUUGGACAAAUACUAUGGAGGGCAACAUUAGGGGCAUUUAUGGCUGGGAGAGCAACUUACGCCAGAAGCCACGGGCGAGAGCUGUAUUUCAGGCUGGUGCCGGUGCUGGUGCCUGGGCCAAGCCACAGGUUCUUGACAACGACAGCAAAAAUGACCAGGAGUCUGAGGCUGUGACGCCCCUGAAGAAUGAGAAUCAAACAUCAACAUCCAAUGUGUUUACUCCGAGUCGCAGGGCAGCAAAGAAGGGCGUUGAUUACCAGGAUGGGAAGGGUUUCCCCACUGGAGAGCUGGUGUGGGGAAAGGUGAAGAGCUUCUCCUGGUGGCCUGGAGUGGUGGUGCUCUGGAAGUCCAACAAAACACCGCCUGCAUCCAUGCGCCGGGUAGAGUGGUUUGGAGACGGCAUGUUUUCCGAGAUCUGUACAGAGAAGCUUCUGUGUUUUGCAGCUUUUGCAAAGGGCUUCUGCAAGAAUUCCUAUGCUAGUUUGCCCACCUACAAAGAUGCCCUCUACCAGGUCCUUGAGUUGGCUGGUGAACGCUGUGAGAAGUCCUUUCUUGCAGCGGGGAAUAAACAAGAGGAGCUUAAGUUGAUGCUGGACUGGGCCCACAGUGGAUUCCAGCCCACUGGACCAGAUGGGUUCAACCCCCCAGCCCCUGCAGAUUUGAAGGCAGAAUCUUCAGACUCAGCUCUGUCAGACUACCAACCCCCAGCUAAGAAGAAGUAUGUGAAUAAGAAGAGACCAUCCUCUGGGAUUCAGGUCUACAGCAGAGGGGCAAUGCUACAAGAGGUUAUGAAAGGCAAGAAAAUUGAAGAAUUCUGUUUAUCAUGUGGAACCCUGCACAUCCACACCUUCCACCCACUGUUUGAAGGGAGUCUCUGCCAGAAGUGUAAGGAUAACUUUAUUGAGACUUUGUACAGAUACGACAAAGAUGGCUACCAGUCCUACUGCACUGUUUGUUGUGCUGGCCAAGAGGUCAUUCUGUGUGGCAAUGCCAGCUGUUGCAGGUGUUUCUGUAAGGACUGCCUGAACUUUUUGGUUGGCGAUGGAACCUUUAACCAACUGAAGGACGUGGACCCGUGGAGCUGCUUCAUGUGCUUACCAUCCCAGUGCAACGGAUCACUCAAGCUACGGCCUGACUGGAGCGUGCGUGUUCAACAGUUCUUCGUCAACAACAGUGCCCUCAAAUUUGAACCCCACAGGAUAUAUCCCUCCAUCCCUACACAUCAACGCAGACCCAUCCGGGUAUUGUCUCUCUUUGAUGGGAUUGCCACAGGUUACCUGGUGCUCAAAGACCUGGGCUUCAUCAUAAAACGCUACAUUGCCUCUGAGAUCUGCGGGGACUCAAUUGCUGUGGGUAUGAUCAAACACCAGGGCCAGAUAGAGCAUAUCAACGACGUACGCACCAUCACCAGGAAACAUCUGGCUGAAUGGGGUCCUUUUGACCUCCUGAUUGGAGGAAGCCCCUACAAUGAUCUGGCCUGCGUCAACCCUGCUCGGAAGGGCUUAUUUGAGGGCACAGGUAGGCUGUUCUUUGAAUAUUACAGGAUGCUGACCAUGAUGAGGCCAAGGGAAGAUGAUGAUCGGCCAUUCUUCUGGCUCUUUGAAAAUGUGGUGGCCAUGAGCGGUCAUGACAAGGCUGACAUCUGUCGCUUCCUUGAGUGCAAUCCCAUCCUGAUCGAUGCAGUAAAAGUGAGCCCAGCUCACAGAGCUCGCUACUUCUGGGGAAACCUCCCGGGCAUGAACAGACCUCUAGCUACCUCUCUGGAUGACAAGGUGAACCUGCAGGACUGUCCGGAGCUUGGACGCACGGCCAAGUAUAACAAAGUUCGUACCAUCACCACCAAGUCCAACUCCAUCAGACAGGGGAAGAUGGGACCCCUACCCGUCGAUUUUAAUGGCAAGGAGGACUCCCUUUGGUGCACAGAGAUGGAGAAGAUCUUUGGCUUUCCCAAGCAUUACACUGAUGUCAACAAUAUGGGUCAGAGCCAGCGGCAAAAAGUACUGGGCCGAUCAUGGAGUGUACCAGUUAUCAGGCACCUCUUCGCUCCACUCAAGGACUACUUUGCCUGUGAGUAGGAACCUCACAUUCCUGUAUGCUGCACUGUCAACAACAACAGCAACAUGAAAUGUCUGAUUGUUGGAGAGGGGAGGAUAAAAACACUAUACUUAUCCUUCCCUGCUUUUCAGUGAAUGAAACUAUCCUGUGUUUAUCAGACUGACCUCAAUCAUAUUAGUCUUUUUGUACUACUGUCUGUAUUGUCUGUUUUAUUCCUUUUCAGUUAAUGAGCAGCUGUUUCAAUGCAUUGUGGUCAUAUGAUCACAGUAUUCCCAGAAUGCACCGACACUUUGGUUAUUUCGGUUUGUCUGGAGUAGUUCAAGUUUGUCAAUCAUGUAUUUGAUGUUUUGUUUACAUUUGGUCAAUGAUGGUGAGAUCAGACCUCAAACCCUGCCCACUAUCUACCUCAAUACUGAUCUGUGUCUUAAAUCUGCAGUUUUCUGUAUUUAAUUGAAUUUUAUAAAUAGUCAUAAAAUCAUAUUCACUUGUAAAUAUGACUGAACCUUCUAAUGUUUUGUUACUUGUUUGGAAAAAAAGAUCCUCUGAGAAUUGAAAAUCUGAAAUUCAAGGCAGAAAAUGUGCCUUGAGUGUUUGUUUGUAUUUUAACUUGCCCAAUAUUCACCAUUGUUACUCUCUCUGUGGUGCUAGAGUAUGUUUAGGUUUUUAAUGAUAGUUGGUCACAGGACACACAUUUUGACUUGCAUUGUCUCACUUGCCAUUUAUAGACUUUAAUUUGGGUGAUAUAGUCAAGCAUGUGAAUGCUAUAUAAACCUGCAUGCUUAUUUUCUUCAAAGAAAAAGUUGCUGAAAGCCAGUCCUAACAGCUUUGAUUUAAUUAGUAAGAUGUGUACAUUCUCCCUCUCUCUUGGAGCAGUGGGCAGAGGAACAGUUUUAAUUGCAAGUGCCUACUAAACGAUUGUUUUAAACCCAGGAACAACACAUGUAGAACUAUUUUUCUCCUGUAAUUAUUAUUAAUUCUUUAAUAUUUCAAAGGGAGCUGGACAAAGCUCUGAGGAAAGGAAUACAUCAUAAACGUUGUGUCGUAAUCCUUUCAGUAAAUCAGACAGGCAGCGUGUAAGUUUGUGAAAGCAACCAUUUUAAAAUGACCUUGUAUGUUCUUAGGGUGUUGAUGAAGGUCACAUGGAGGGCCUACUCAUAAAAUACCCACUUCGGUUUCAUGCCUGUGUUUGACGUGUGAUGUUAUGACCAGUAAACUGUGUGUUAAGUUAAAGUGAUGGUUUUAACUUCAGUGUUCUGUUCACCUCUCAGCAAGUUUGUUGAAAUAUACCACAACCAUCUUUCAUAGAACAAGUUACUCUACAUUCUGAAAUCAUAAGUAUUGUUUAUCAUUUGGGGUUAUUGAGAUUCUUAACUAAUAAUUAGGUUUUGAACCCUUGUUCCCCUCCAGCAUCCAUACCUUCCUCUCAUGCAGUCUCAGUUCCAUACCUUCCUCUCAUGCUUUCUGUCAGUUCCAUACCUUCCUCAUGCUUUCUGUCAGUUC